AUGCAGUUAUUACGUAUACUACCGGUCCUUCUUGAGCUGUUCUUUGUGGGCUUCACGGCUGCACAGACGGAUUUCUCGGUUGUUGGGAGUGGCAUUUAUGAGUGGAAUCAGAGCGAGUGGUCGCUGACUGCUACGAAAUACAUUCCGGGCCAGUAUCAAUCGAGGCUGAGUCUUGCUAAUGGGGCAUAUUGUAGUUAUGUUGGGGCUUCUCUUGCAGCUGCAGGGCCUUUCUUCGAGAUCGAUGUCAACCAGACAAAUGCUCAGGGUACACAACCAACGAAUGGAUGGCCUCUUUUUGAUUCCCGCAUCAGUUUCUCUACAAUCUCGGGUUUCUACAAUGUCCAACCCAAUGGCACUGGGACUAACUACCCGUGGCUAAAUCAGUACGGCUGGGAGUCUUUCAUCUCUGGAAUCCCUCAUCCAACCGCAAUUAUCUUUGCUUUCGGAGACAACUAUCUCGAUGCUACAGUUAGCAAUACCACGAUUUCUAACUUCGCCUCCAAAAUCUCCUUCAAGACCGGUGUUGGAAUAUGGAGUUAUACUUGGAGUCCAAACAACGGAACGUCUUUCAAUGUCUCCUAUGCAACCAUUUUCAGUAGGGAGAGACCGAAUGUUAUAGCUGUAAAAGCAUCCAUUAUUCCCUCCGAUGAUGUUUCGGGUACGGUUACCGACUUGCUAGAUGGUAGAAGCGCUGCUCGAUCAUAUCUAGAUACCAAGGGACUUGACACGAACGGGACCACGAUUCGUACUUCUGUUCACCCGAAUGGACUCGCUAAUAUCACCGCUUGUAUUGUUUCGGGGGCGAAUUUCUCCAACUCAUACACCGAUUUGUCCUCGAGAUCACUGGCACAAGGUCCUUAUAUCAGCCCGAAUGAUACGACGAUUGGCCAAACUUUUAAUAUCAGUCUCAAGAAGGGAGAAGCAGCCACUUUCUACAAAUAUGUAGGGGCGGCUUCAAACGACAAGUUUUCAGAUGCUUCCUCGGUGGCCUGCGAGGCUCAGGCUGCGGCGCAAAGAGAUGGAUGGGAUACGCUUCUACAAGAGCAUAUUGCUGCUUGGGCAGAGAUCAUGACUGAAGACUCAGUGGACGACUUUACUGAUCCCGUAACAGGAGAGCUCCCUGAAGACACAAACGUUCAAAUUUUGCACAUUGGCUCAGUAGCAAACACCUACUAUCUUCUGCAAAACAUCCAACCAGAUGGCAGCGGUUUGAACGACAAUUCGGUAGCAGUGGGUGGCUUGGUAUCUGAUUCCUACGCUGGCCUGGUAUUCUGGGAUGCAGAUUAUUGGAUGUCACCUGGACUUAAUCUCGCUUUUCCCGGUUGGGCCAAGCAAAUCAGCAACUUCCGCGUUAAGCAGCAUCAGCAAGCUCUUGAUAAUGCGGCUUUUAACGGAUACCCAAACGGAAGCUCUCUUUACUCAUGGACUGCUGGCCGCUAUGGCAACUGCACAGGCACUGGUCCUUGCCUCGAUUAUGAAUAUCAUCUCAACUACGAUAUUGCCUUCAACUUACUCCAGCAGUAUAACGUCACGAACAAUGAAACUUGGUUCGAGGAUGGACCUAGACAAAUUAUCGAGUCUGCUGCUAUCAUGACUGGACACUUGCUACAAUACAAUGAUACUACGAAGAGCUACUGGCUGCACAACAUGACUGAUCCCGACGAGUAUGCGAAUAAUGUUGACAAUGGAGCUUUUACCAUUGCUUCGGCGGCGGAAUUAUUGAAGCAGGCAAAUUGGUUGAGAGUCGCCCAGGGACAACCGAUCAACGAGACUUGGCAAGAUCAAUGGGAGAACAUCGAGUACCCAAUAGCAGCAUCUAAUAUCACCCUGGAAUAUCAAACUAUGAACAAUAGUGUUGCUGUCAAGCAAGCUGAUGUUGUACUUCUUACCUAUCCCUUGGAUUACGGCCAGGAUUACACUGCUGAGGAUAAACUGCUGGACCUUGAUUACUAUGCCAACAAGCAAUCACCAAACGGACCUGCAAUGACUUACUCAGUAUUCGCCAUCGAUGCUAAUGCAUUAGCUCUCUCCGGGUGCUCAGCAUAUACAUAUACACUCAACAAUUAUAUUCCAUAUCUCCGUGCGCCUUUUUUCCAAUUCUCGGAACAAGCAGUUGACGAUGUCUCCUUGAAUGGAGACACCAACCCAGCGUUCCCGUUUCUCACUGGCCAUGGAGGUGCGAAUCAAGUAGUGCCUUUUGGGUUCUUGGGGAUUCGAACAGACCAACCUGUUUUAUUUAUCAAUCCGUCCCUUCCACCACAAAUCCCGUAUGUGAGAGUUCGCACUUUCUAUUACGCCGGAGCAACAUUAUCAGCAAGCCUCAACAACACCCAUACAACCAUAACCCGCUCACCCACACCACCCUCGGCCGGCGUCGCUGACUUCUACGGCAACACGACCUUUCCCCUAACAGUCGGAACCCCCGACUCGCCAGGCACUACGGACUACACGCUCGCCAUAAACCAAACCCUCACGAUCCCCAACCGCCUCUACUGGCAAAACGCAACCAACGCCAACAACCUCCUGCAAUGCCUCCCCGCCACGAGCACCGACCCCUACGCCAGCGGCCAGUUCCCCGUCGCAGCCAUUGACGGCGCAUCCGCGACGCGCUGGCAGCCCUCUACCAACGAGAGCUCGUCUCUCCUCGUCAACAUGACAUCCAUCCCCGCGUCCCCCGUCUCAAGUCUCUUCUUCGACUGGGGCGCCCGACCGCCCAAGUCCGCAGCUGUGUAUCUGGGGAAUAGCACGGACGGCACGGGUAUCUACGGCCGCGAGAUUAACAUUACUAUCAACGACAUCUCGCCCAAUCUGCCAUUUGAUGCUGGGAUGGCGCCGGAUGGUGGGCUGGAUGUUGUGCCGGUGGUUGGGAAUACGACGACGAUUGAGGUGGCGGGUGGGGCGUGGAGUGGUGAGUAUGUUAGGCUUGUUAUUGAGGGGUGUUGGGAGGGAGAUGGCGAGGGGGCUACGGUUGGAGAAUUUGUGUUGGUUCGUGGAUCUUGA